GUCAGUGUGGGAUAAACUAGCGCUGAGAGAGGCGCAUCACUCCUCCUAUAUUCUCUUUAAAGGAAACUGCAAAACAUUCCUGGAUUUUUGUUGUUGUUGUUUUUUGCUGUUGUUAUUGUUGUUGUUUUCGUGAAUUUCUUCACUGGUUAGUCAUGGGGAACCUGUUCUUUACGGGGAUGCAUCCAGCUGAAGAGUUUUUACGCAUCGCAUCUCUUGGUUAUUUUGCAAAGAUCGCGGAGUAGUAAAACAAUAAAAACUUCACAAGGUACAAGAGAAGCUGCGCUCUGCGUGUGCGUGUGUAUACAAUGAGGUACGGAUUGGUGAUCCUUGCUGCUGGUUUCACAGCUUUGCUCAGCUUCAGCCUCCUCGCUUUGGCUAUUGGGACUGAUUACUGGUACAUCAUCGAUGUUAACACAGCCAACCACACAGGUCCUGACGACCUGAGUUCACAUUCUGGACUGUGGAGAAUAAUUGAAGGAGCGAACAGCAGCUCAUUCAUCCCUACUUUCACAGCAAAUAUGUCCAGCCUAUCAGAGACAGAAAGGCACCUUCUUGGCUUGCAUAAGGUGGUGGUCAUUGUGUUGCCCCUCAGCCUGGUCCUGCUGGUGUUUGGGUGGAUCUUUGGACUUGUCAGUUCACUGGCCUGCAGCCCAAGCUUGCUGGCUGGAGCGGCAUCAUACUUUCUCUUCUGUAGUCUUUUUACUCUUACUGGGGUCAGCAUCUACAUCAAAUACUCCAACCAGGCCAUGGAUGAGUUCCAGCGGAUUGUUUCCCCAGAAAACCUCGCUAACGUGGAUGUCUCCUUUGGCUGGUCCUUCGCCUCUGCCUGGCUCUCCUACAGCCUUGAAGUAGCCACCGGCCUGCUGCUCAUGCUAGCUGCCAGAAUAAUUCAGAUGAAAGGACGCUAUGACUCAGGCGUAGCCAUCGCCAUGUUAUAGAGAGGUUGAGCGUUGAUGCCCAAGUGACUCUCAAAACCCACAUGUUGAUUGUAUUUUAUUUUAUUUAUUUAUUUAUUUUAAAUCAGGCGGCUCACAUGCUAAGACGGAAAAAAAGAAAAUGCAAUUUGCAUCAGCAUAACUGCAACCAUACGUGUUGAAAAAGUAAAGCUGCUUAAGAAUUGUUUUUUUUUUCUUCUGCUGGUUUGUAUGACUGUUGCUACCUUUUUUCCUGCAGGUAUUCUUCUUUCUCUAUUGUCCUUGUCCACAAUGAUAAAUGAGGCUGCACAAAUAGGUAAAAGGGGCAACCCAUCCACAUUGUGUUUACUGCAGAGAUAAACUGGAUUUUUUGUUUUUCUUUUUGUGUUUUUCAAGAGCCUCUCAGCAAUGUCUGCACUCUUGCCGUCCAUGUAUAGCACAUGUAUGCAUACAGAUACAACUCUGUUGGUCUGGUGUUCUCAUUUUUCAUUAAGCAGUGGAUUUUCUCUGAGCGGAGUUUUGAGAGAUGUGUGCAAUUUCUUCUACGAACCAAAUGCAAUGAAAAGAGUCUAGUGAAGUUUUAUGGGAUCAUUUACUUUUUGACGGAUGGGUUAAUGAGGCUCUUUGUCUUGAGGAUGACUAUUGCACCUCUUCUACACCCAUAUCUUAAGCUUUAUUUCAAUAUAGUCUGAAUCAGGCAGUCCUAGUGUUUCAUUCAAGUGGAAACAUUGCUGAUUCUGCAGCAGAGAACCAAAAUUACCAACUAGACUCUAGCACACAGUCAGAGCUGUUAUAGUUUGUGGUUAAUAGCAUUGUUAAUAUUAUCUGCAAGAAGAAAAUAGCAUUCCACAGCUUUUAAAGGUAUUUCGGUCGAUGUAGAAGUUAAAACAGUCUUGGCUGCUGUGUACCGUGAAAUACUUAUAUGUUUGUUCAUUCCUGUUCCUGUCCUAUUGGUAGAUGCUUAAAUCUUGGAAACAGGGCAUAGGAAAAGUGCCCUCUGGGGGUUCCUGCAGGCUUUACCAGCAGUAUAGAAUAUGUGCAUGAGUUUCUGCCUAAAUUGCUGAAGUAAAAGGCUAUAUAGAAGUGUGAUAUUUUGUCUGUGCUUUUCCAUUUCUAGGAGCUAGGCAUUGCCCGACAAAUUGAAAGUAAAACAGAAACACUAGAAAUUGUACAUUUUGUAAUGCUGUAAAAUGUCUGUUCCCUUUGUCACCUUAUAGAGCAGCGAUACUCAACCCGCGGCUCUCGAGCCACAUGGGGCUCCUAUGGGACUAGUUGAGGCCUACUUGGAAAAAAAAAUCCAAAACAAUUAUUUAAAAAGGGAAACAAUGUCAGCAGAAGUUAUUCUUUGCAAGUCAUGUCAAUGUGUUUCCCACACAUAGACUCGGUCAAGUUGCCCAUGUAUUCACCCCCCCCCCCACGUG